AAAUAUCAAGCAGACACGCCCACCCACCGCACUUCCCGUGUCGUCGAAACGAUAUGUCCACGCCAGCUGACAUGUUCUUGCCGUCAUCCACAGCAAAUACGGUCCAGUACGGGGUGGCGGAAUUGGCAGGGGCAGACCACCUGGAAACUCUGACUUUUCACCCCGACACCAAGCCAUUGACGGACGAGAGUCUGAACUUUCUCACUUUACGUAUCCUUAAGUUCAGCGGCCCGCUGGUGUCGGUGCGAGGGCUACAGAGGACAUUUUCCUCCUGUCGCACGGGGCGAAUGUACACUGCCCCAGAGGUCCAGCAAGCCAUGGCUCACCUUGAUAUGUCAGGACUAGGGAAAAUCUUGAAAUCGUCCAGGAAAGUUAUGUUUGCCAAAAUAAGUCCUGGCGCCGUAAACCCGCACGCGCUUCAAUUAGUGGCCGGCCAGAGCGUGGAUGAAUACAGAGAGCAUUUUGAACGUUGUCAUAAACAGGUUCUCGCUUGGUCAGAUCAGGUCAAAGUUCAUGUUCUCGGCCUGUGCCAGAAAACUUACGGAGACCAAUACGCCACCUAUGUAAGACGGCUUAUUGGAUGUGACGCUCCCAUUCAGUGAUGUCUUAGAUCGUGAAGUUAUAUAUGGGCUGUUUCAUUAAUUAGAUCAAAAUCCCAUUGUUCAUGUGUGAAGUUUUUAACAAUGUUCUUAGCUAGCUUUAAGAUGUCUAAGGUUUUAGUGUUAUUUACCUUAGUUUACGAAAGUUUUUUUUUUCUGAAGAAAAAAUAAACAAAAGCAUCAAGCAAGACUUCUGAUGAAAGUUUUUUAUUAGGUUUCCAAAAAAUGAGUUGUCUUUUUAGAUUGUUUGUUGUAACUU